CGCCCUGUAUAUUGGUUUACCUUUUUAUGUUGUUCUACAGGCUACACUGUAUUCUAUGUUUUCAAGCUUAAUGUUCAACGACCAUUUCGUCGUUCUUCUGUUCUUUUUCUGUCUCUUGCCGAGCAACUUCUUUUCUAGUGUUUCUACUGUUUCUUUUCUCUAUCGUUUUUGCACGUUGUUUGGCAGCCGCUGUAACCACAUUUUGUUUUGUCAAGUGUUGGUCCUGCUAUUCAAGUAGGUAUCGUUCGCACAAUUCUUAUUGCCUUGUAUUUAUAUAGUUUCCUCAAUUUUAGGUCUUCAUUCUCAAUAGCUGGUUCACUGUUCAUAUCGUGUUUUUCUGUUGUUUGUUCUAAUCCAUGUAGCGGCGGACAUUUUGUUUGUUGGCCUUUCUUCGUUGUGAUAUAUCUUAGUGGUCGUACGUGUGCGGGUUGUUUUAUUCAUAUUAUCUGUUAUACGCCCCCGGCACGGUCACGUGGGAUGAAAUCCACCACUAAGUAUAUCACGUGUUAGAGACAACAGUCAACGGCCCGCCUGAAACCAAAGUAAAAACUAUGGCAGAGGACCCGCCAGUGACGAUUGAUGAUGUGAGUACCGCUGAUACAGAAGCGUCUAACAGCUCUGAUAAUGAAGCUGAAGAUAAUCCUGACGAUCCUGUUAGUGUAGAUACAUCUGAUGAUGAUUUAGCCUCAAUCCAAUCUAUUGAUAGCGGUGAAGAUAAUGUUGCUUUAAAAUAUCAUUGUAACAAAUGUGACAAAAAGUUUAAAUUUAAUUGUUGGUUCAAAAGACACAUGGCCACCCAUAAUCCUGCGCUUUUUGUAUGUGAAUAUUGUCCAAAAGUAUACAAACGUAAAGACAUACUGCGAGAACAUCAAUACUCGCAUUUUGGUGGGCCAAAAUAUAAGUGUAAAAAUUGUAAAAAAGUGUUUGGAGAUAAAAGAAAUUUGAAUGCUCAUACAAAAUUGGUACAUAAAGAUUCUCAGAUACCAAUGUAAAUGAAUAU